AUGCGUUUCACCAUCGCCGUUUCCGUCCUUUUCGCUGCCCUGGCUGCAGCAGUACCCGCUGCAGAGCCUGGUACUGAUGGCAUCGCCGUCAUCGCCGAACGCCAAGUGUCAUCGCGGUGCCCUGUGGCUUCAUGCACUCCAGGAUGUGUUCCAGAACGUGGGGGGCACCUUGGCAUGCAAUUUGGAGAACGACGGAAGUUGCUCUACGGGCUGCCAGAGGACCAGCAACUGCGGCAACUUGAGGAUGUCUUUGCAACUGUUAAAUUGGACCCCCUUUUCGACGUUUCGGGUGGUGAUGUAUAA